CAAGAAUGAUGUCUGACUGAACACUGAAACACCAUUCCCAAGCACCUUCAUGCCCACUUCAAUGGCCGCCUCCAAACUCCCACACCUCCUCUCCUUCGACCUGUCCACCGCCAUUCACGUCCUCAAGAACCUGCUCUCGCACCUCGCGACCCUCCACAGGACGCCAUUUCUCGUCACUCUCGUCGACAUAUUCCUGUCACUCUAUUUCUGGUCGUGCGGCCUCACACCCUGCGCUGUGGACUUGGACGACGGGCAGACCACCAUCCACUUCUGGGGCUCCGCUCACCGGAGGUCCAAGAAGCCAUAUUUGGUCCUCAUCCAUGGCUACGGGGGCAACUCGAGGUGGCAGUUCCUGGCCCAAGUGGGCCCUUUAUCUCGAAGCUUCAACGUCUUCAUGCCAGACUUGCUCUUCUUUGGGAAAUCGCACACGCUCGGUCCUCAAAGGAGUGAUGUUUUUCAGGCCACAUGCAUUGUGGAGGGUCUGAAGAAACUUGGGGUUGAUAAGUACUCAAUUUACGCGAUCAGCUAUGGUGGGUUCGUGGGGUACAGGAUGGCUGAGAUUGGUGCCGAUGGAGUUGAGAAAGUGGUGAUUGUCAGCAGUGGGAUUGCGUGUACAGAUGAGCAGAAGUUUGAGCAGUUGAGGAAGAUUGGCAGGAAUCCUUUGGAGUUUCUUUUGCCUGAGAAGCCUCAGGAUUUGAGGGUUCUGGUGAAUUUGUCCAUCUAUAAGUUCAACCCUCUCAAAUGGGUCCCCAAUUUCUUCCUCCAGCAGUUCAUUGAUGUCAUGUGCAGCAAUUACAGGGAAGAGAAGUCGGAGCUAGCAGAAUACUUGCUCUUCGGAAAAGAAGACAGCAAACUUCCUGUUUUGACUCAGGAAACGUUGAUUAUAUGGGGCGAUCAGGAUAAGGUCUUCCCAUUGAGCUUUGCACAUCACUUGCAAAAGCAUCUGGGACCCAAGUCGAAGCUAGAGAUCAUCAACGACACCGGUCACGCAGCAAACGUCGAAUCCCCUGGAGCUGUGAACAAUUUUAUAAGAGCCUUUAUCCUCGGUAAAUGAACGUGAUAAAAGAAGAUAGCAUUCUGAUUGCAACUUUCUGUC